UUUUUAUCAAAAUAAUUUGCACCCCGGAAACAAAAUAAUCUUCAUCUUUGCACCUUUGCGACUAGAACUUGAAUGCAUUUUCAGAAGUCUUGUGAAGUCUACACCAUCUGGCUUGAGCUUUCAUACUGCUUAAUCGACAGAGGAUGAAACGAUUCUUCCAACCAGUUGAAAAGGAUGGAUCUCUUAAGAAGAAACCCGCUCUCACUACUUCUUCCUCACCAUCAAAACCAGAAGAAAAAGAAGAACAAAAUGGGGAAAGUGUAGUAGUAACAGAAGAAAAAAGAGACCCUUUGAAGUUCAUAUCAUGGAAUGCAAAUAGUUUCUUGCUUCGUGUUAAAAAUAACUGGCCAGAGUUUACUAAGUUUAUUGCAACCUUUGAUCCUGAUGUCAUUGCUAUACAGGAAGUGAGAAUGCCUGCAGCUGGCUCUAAAGGUGGACAUAAAAUUCAAGGAGAAGUGAAAGAUGAUACAAACUCUUCUCGAGAGGAAAAACAAACAUUGAUGCGUGCGCUUUCAAGUCCACCAUUUCGAAAUUACCAAGUUUGGUGGUCGCUAGCAGACUCAAAGUAUGCUGGGACUGCUUUAUUUGUGAAGAAGUGUUGCCAACCGAAAAAGGUCACCUUCUCGCUUGACCAAACAGCAUCCAAAAAGCAUGAACCAGAUGGCCGGGUAAUUUUGGCUGAGUUUGAGUCUUUCCGAGUGCUGAAUACAUAUGUCCCAAACAAUGGGUGGAAGGAUGAGGAAAAUUCUUUUCAGAGGAGAAGAAAAUGGGAUAAAAGAGUGCUUGAAUUUGUUUUACGGAGUUCGGAUAAGCCUUUGAUUUGGUGUGGCGACCUGAAUGUUAGCCAUACAGAGUUCGAUGUGAGUCAUCCAGAUUUUUUUAGUAGUGCAAAGCUCAACGGUUAUGUUCCUCCUAACAAAGAUGAUUGUGGACAGCCUGGGUUUACUUUGAAUGAAAGGAAGCGCUUCAGUACCAUUUUAUCCGAAGGAAAGCUGGUAGAUGCGUACAGAUCCCUACAUGAGGAAAAAGAUAUGCACAGUGGCUUCUCCUGGUCAGGAAAUCCCAUUGGGAGGUACCGGGGUAAGAGAAUGAGGAUAGAUUAUUUUCUAGUUUCCGAGACACUCAAGGAUAGGAUCGUAUCAUGUGAGAUGCAGGUCCACGGGAUUGAAUUAGAAGGAUUCUUUGGAAGUGAUCAUUGCCCUGUUACCCUAGAGCUCUCACAGAAAACUAGUAUAGAUUCUGCUGAAAGCUAGAUUUAAUUUCUAUUUAUUUGAAUGGCAUUUGAAGACCAUAUUGAUGCCCCAAUGGCUUAUAAGAUAAUUUUUUAUGUCAAAUUAUGUAGAAACUUUUAUGUAUUUGAAUAGUUUGGUUGUCCAGUAAAAAUCAGCUGCUGAAAAGAAAAGAAAAAAAAGGGUUCUUGAAUUGCAUGCAGUGCGGCUUAACUCAGGUGCCUUCUGUAUGAAGCAGAACAUGCAACAGGCAAUAGACACCUCUAUUACGACUUAUUCAGAUGGAUUUAGAGCUCGGUAAGUGGAUGGAUCCGUUUUUGUUUCCUUGACAAGUAUAUUCAGCUUCUUUGGCCGUAUUUGUUUCAGAACCAUAUCUGAAUACUUCCUCGAGUAUUGUCUUGCUAAUGACUCAACAUGGGUAAAUUGAAGGUUCACAUCAACAUCGUUGUCAUUGGACAUGUUGACUCUGGGAAUUCGACCACCGCUGGUCACAGCUUGGAGGUAUUGACAAGCGUGUGAUCCAGAGGUCCGAGAAAGAGGCUGCUGAGAUAGGUCAUUCAAGUACGCAUGGGUUCUUGACAAACUUAAGGCUGAACAGGAGCAUGGUAUUACCUUUUAUACUGCCUUGUGGAAGUUUGAGACCACCAAGUAUUGCUGCACAGUUUUUGAUGCUCCUGGACAUCGUGACUUUGUUAAGAACAUGAUUACUGGUACCUCUCAGGCCGAUUAUGCCGUCCUUAUUAUUGAACCCACCCUUGGAGGUUUUGAGGCUAGUAUCUCCAAGGAUGGCCAGACUCAUGUGCGCGCGCUUCUUGCUUUGACACUUGGUGUCAACCAGAUGAUCUGCUGCUGUAACAUGAUAGAUACCCCCCCCCCCCCCC